AUGGCGGCAGAAGGUGGCGCCACGGAGCGGCGCGCGAAGAGCGAUCGGCUGUGCAUCAAGCAGGAGGCUGUGGAUCCCGAUACGAGUAACGAGGCGCAGGAGGAGGGAAGGGGGAGCAUGAGGAGAACCCCCUCCCCUGAACCGACGCGCGACAACACCGAACUGUGCCGAACCAAGUCUGCAAUGUGUGGUCUGGCCGUCUCUGCAGAAACUCCCCCUCGUACAUGUCGUACGAAGUACCAAAAAGCUAUCAGAGCCAAAAUGGCCACACUAGAGAUUGAGGCAAAGCUGGAGCAGGAGAGGCGAGAGAGGGAGUUCCGUGAACGCAUGAAGCUUGGAAUCGGAGCCGACGGCAAACCCCUGACAGGUCACCCCAGCAUGCCCUCCAUGGAUCCGUCGCGGUGGGCGGAGCUUCAGCGGCAGUACAUGCAGGGUGGGCCCGGUCCAGCCACCAUCCCCGGCAUGAUCCCUUCAGGUUUACUAGAACGGGAACAGAUGGAGCGGGAACGAGAGCGGAUGGACAGACUCGGCAUUCCGCCACCAGGGGGAGCUCUCGGCCCUAAUCACAUGUCGGCAGAGCGACUUCACAUAGAGCGCAUGAUGGCGGCCGAUCCGAUGACGAGAUUCAGCAUGUACCCACCAGGAAGCGCCACUGCUGCCAUGCACGCGCACAUGCAUGCGCAUUCCCACACGCACCUACAUGUGCACGACCCGUUAAGCCAGCCGGGAUCAGGCAUACCACCAGGGCCUCCACAUGGCUUACACAUGAUACCUGGUGAGUAAAUCUUAAGUUGAACGACUUGCCACGCAAAAUUGA